AUGUUAGCCAUACUGGACGGCUACUCAUUCUGUGCCGACGACCGCAAUAAGACUACGACACAUUGGGUCUGCACCAACACGGGUCUAUGCAGGGCGCGAUUUAUUACCACUAAGGGCCGUGAAUUUAUCAUUAAGAUGCCAACAAGUCAACACACUCAUGAACGACCGGAAUUUUUCAUCAAAAAUGGCGUGUUUUACAGAAAGAUAGUACAAAUUUUCCGAAGACCGAACAGCGGCAACAAGGUAGCUGUGGUGGAGGGAUACUCAUUCUAUCGAGCUAACAAGUUUCAACAUUCGAUUAUCUGGCGUUGCUCCGCAAGUUCGCACUGCCUAGCCAGGUUUACUUGCUCGAAUGACGGAUACUUGUGCAUAUUGAAAUCUAAUUUGGUGCAUAAUCACCCGAAACCUCAGUUUCACAUCCAGGACGGCGUGUUGUAUAGAUUUAAGUGA